AUGCAACCGUCUGCUGAGAGCUACCUGUCACCUGACGAACGCCAUGCUGAGGAAAUGACUCGACAGCAGCUAGGGUACGCAGAUGGUCGACUUGUUGUCGGUAUUCCCUGGCAGAAUGGAGCGCGUCCUCAGAUCACGAGCAACCGAGUGCAGGCCGAGGAUCGGCUGCGUUCGCUACUGAGGUCUCUAGAGAGAAGACCAACCGUUCAGAUUCGCUAUGCAAAGGUGCUGGAGGAGUACCUACAGAAGGCGUACAUUCAGGAGCUGACAUCUGAUCAAGUCCAGCAAUGUGGCCGUGAGCAAUGGUUUCUGCCGCACUUCGCAGUAGUCCGCGAAGACAAGGCUACAACUAAGGUCCGUGUUGUGUUUGAUGCUGCAGCUCGCUUCAACGGCACGUCCAUCAAUGAACACAUGUACGUUGGGCCGCGACUGCAGAAUGACCUCGUCACAGUACUGAUCCGGUUCUGCAUGCACCCUGUGGCACUGAUUGCUGAUGUGUCGGAGAUGUUCCUUCAGGUAUCACUACAGCCUGAGGAUCGCAGAUAUCACCGAUUUCUUUGGAAGACCGGGGACGGAGUCAAGGCCUAUGAGUUCACCAGGUUGGCGUUUGGCAUCCGUGCAUCGCCAUACCUAGCAGGCAGAGCUUUGCUGGAGACGGCCGAGCGUUUCGGAGCGAACUACGACCCAGCAGUCAGUGACACAGUUCGCAAGGCAUUCUACGUCGAUGACAUGUUGAAGUCCUUGCCUGACGACCAGAAAGCAAUGCGUCUUCGGUCUCAGCUACAAGACCUCCUGAAGGAAGGCGGCUUCCAUCUCCGGAAGUGGUUGAGCAACAGUGAAGCAGUGAUGGAAUCAAUUCCACCGGAGCACCGCGCGCCGGCCACGUCUAAGUCCAUAACGGCACAAGAGUCGUCCGGACAGCCCUCACAAAAGGCACUGGGCGUAACGUGGAUGGUCAGCGAAGAUUAUUUCACGUUUCACUAUCAGGAACCCACAUCCGCUGUGUGCACGAAGCGCACCGUCCUCAGCCGCAUGGCAUCACUGUUUGACCCCUGA